AUGCCUAAACGAGGUGGUGGACGCAUGAGAAAUUGGAAAGCUGAUAAUGAUCAUUUUGAACAUGAUGACCGCGCCACUAAUCCCAGACGAGUCAGCUUUAAGCCUGGUACAAAUAAAGGCAAGAAUAAAUUUAAUGCAUGGAAAAACACUGCUAAGCUAUUGCUUGAUGAUGAUGUUGAUAUGGGGGCUUCUGGAGGACAAGGGCCUAGAAAGCCCUAUAGAGGUCGUGGAGGACGUCUUGGAUCACCAGCACCAAGAUCUGGUUAUGGAAUUACAAAGAAGAAGUUUGUUGCGGGGAUGUUACCAUGGUAUCAGAUCAUUAUCCCUUAUGGGGCAAAACAUGAUAAAGAUGUCGUACUGAGAGCCCUUUUAGAUCACAUUUCACCAGAAAUCUUUAUACCACAUUACUAUAAAAUAAAUGGUAAUGCUGCAGUAUUUUAUGUGGAUGAUGUUAAAAUUGCUGAGAAGCUGUUUCAUGCUGAUCGAAAAAUUAUAAUGUCAGAUGGCUUUAAGUUAGUUGUAAUAGUGAGAAAUACUGUUCCAAAUGUGAAUGUAGAUGCUGAUAUGAAAGAAAAAAUGAAGUUAGUAAUGGCAAAAAGGUAUAAUGCUGCUACGAAAGCUUUGGAUUUAACUAAAUUUCAUGCAGAUCCAGAUUUGUCUGAGAUUUUCUGUGCCUUGUUCCGGCCAGUUAUCAUGCUUGCAGCCAUUGAUAUCAUUGCCGAAAACAUACCAGACCUUGAAGCCUUAAAUCUUAAUGACAAUAAAUUGCAUGGUCUUGAGCAUCUGAAAAUACUAUCUACGAAAUUAAAAAGUUUGAAGAUUUUGUAUUUGGGAGACAACAGGAUACCAUUUCUUGGAUCUCUGGACCCGCUGAAGUCUCUGCCACUGGUGGAGUUAUACCUCAAAGGCAACCCAUUGCUGAACAGGUUUAAUGAUCACGAUAUUUACAUCAGCGAUGUGCGGAAAAAGUUCCCCAAGCUCGUACGACUGGACGGAGUGGAUUUGCCGCCAGCGAUCGGCUUCGACGUAUCUGAAGAUGUCACGUUGCCGCCACGUCAGCAGUCUUUCCUCAUUGACCCAGCCGGUCAGGACCUCGUGAGGGAAUUUCUCACGCAGUACUUCGCUAUCUUUGAUUCUGAAUCCAGACAGCCGCUGUUGGAAGCUUACCAUGAAAGCGCCACCAUGUCUAUGGCCGCAAAUUACCUGACCAAUGAUAAUAGAAACAUGCCAGCUACUAGAUUAAAUCAAUACAUUUCGAACAGUCGGAAUAUAAUACGAAUCACGGAAAGGGAAUCAAGAAGAAGAUACCUACGCACAGGCAAGCUUCAGGUGGUGUCCUUCCUCUCUGAUUUACCGAAAACGACUCAUGAUCUCAUGGGGUUUGCUGUGGACUUGCUUGUAUUUACUCCGGCAAUGAUAGUGCUUACGAUGAAUGGCUUAUACAAAGAGACGAAUACGCCAGGCAGCCCAACGCGGUCCUUUCAUCGCACCUUCGUCAUAGUGCCUAAUAGUGGAGGUGGAUUCUGUAUCAUCAACGAUAUGUUAUAUGUCACCAAUACUACAAAGGAACAGGUGAGUGUUGAAGCCAAUGCUAAUAGUGGAGGUGGAUUCUGUAUCAUCAACGAUAUGUUAUAUGUCACCAAUACUACAAAGGAACAGGUGAGUGUUGAAGCCAAUGCUAAUAGUGGAGGUGGAUUCUGUAUCAUCAACGAUAUGUUAUAUGUCACCAAUACUACAAAGGAACAGGUGAGUGUUGAAGCCAAUGCUAAUAGUGGAGGUGGAUUCUGUAUCAUCAACGAUAUGUUAUAUGUCACCAAUACUACAAAGGAACAGGUGAGUGUUGAAGCCAAUGCUAAUAGUGGAGGUGGAUUCUGUAUCAUCAACGAUAUGUUAUAUGUCACCAAUACUACAAAGGAACAGGUGAGUGUUGAAGCCAAUGCUAAUAGUGGAGGUGGAUUCUGUAUCAUCAACGAUAUGUUAUAUGUCACCAAUACUACAAAGGAACAGGUGAGUGUUGAAGCCAAUGCUAAUAGUGGAGGUGGAUUCUGUAUCAUCAACGAUAUGUUAUAUGUCACCAAUACUACAAAGGAACAGGUGAGUGUUGAAGACAAUGCUAAUAGUGGAGGUGGAUUCUGUAUCAUCAACGAUAUGUUAUAUGUCACCAAUACUACAAAGGAACAGGAGGAGAGUGCUUUCAAAUCAGGAAUGCCAGAAGCCAUUCCACCCACUCCGGCACCAACUCCUACUCCUGCCCCAACCCCAUCAUUCUCCAAUGAUCAUCAGAUGUUGUUAAACACGCUUGGCCAGCAAACUGGAAUGAACGAGCAUUGGAGCUUAAAUUGCCUACAAGAGACUGGUUGGGAUCUCCAACGGGCAUUGUUCAUAUUUAACCAACUUCAGUCUGAAGGCAAGAUACCUCCUGAAGCAUUCAUUAAGUGA